AUGACCUGGGACCACGAGGCUGAUGCCAAGGUGCGCCUCAGUUUAACACGCUCAAUCAACACUAAUGCUGACAGGAACAGCUUCUCCUCAGAAUCCUCACCACCAGUAACAUCAAGCUCGACUACGAAGACCUUGCCAAACAUAUGGGACCCGCGCAGACUCCAACGUCUCAGAACGGAUCCUAGGGCUGGCAGCGCUACCAACGGGGAUUCCUCUACUCCUCCUACUCCGGAGAAACGCAAACGCGGCUGCGCAAAGAAGGACGCCAACGGUGAUGGCGCAGAGAAGGACAAGGCCAGCCCUAAGAAAGCUAAGAAGGCUAAGAAAUAG